AUGCCUUCAAUUAAAUUGCAGAGUUCUGAUGGAGAGAUAUUUGAAGUUGAUGUUGAAAUUGCCAAACAGUCUGUGACUAUCAAGACUAUGUUAGAAGAUUUGGGAAUGGAUGAUGAAGGCGAUGAUGACCCAGUUCCUCUACCAAAUGUUAAUGCAGCAAUAUUAAAAAAGGUCAUUCAGUGGUGCACCCACCACAAGGAUGACCCUCCUCCUCCUGAGGAUGAUGAGAACAAAGAAAAGCGAACAGAUGAUAUUCCUGUUUGGGACCAAGAAUUUCUCAAAGUUGACCAAGGAACACUAUUUGAACUAAUUCUGGCUGCAAACUAUUUAGACAUCAAAGGUUUGCUUGAUGUUACAUGCAAGACUGUUGCCAAUAUGAUCAAGGGGAAAACCCCUGAAGAGAUUCGCAAGACCUUCAAUAUAAAAAAUGACUUUACUGAAGAAGAGGAAGCCCAGGUACGCAAAGAGAACCAGUGGUGUGAAGAGAAGUGA